AGACCAUAUACAACAAAAUUUGACCUGGCGUUCUCUUGUGGUUGUGGCCAAAGAGUACUCGUACUGUACUGUACUCGUGCAUAUCUUCUUCCACCCUCCAUUCACCUGUCCUUUGUUCAUCCUGGUCAUCUUUCUUGUCUUGGUUGGUGUCGUGAUACGAUCCGAUCUGAUUGAUCGCUGCGUUUCUUGUCCCACCCUUCCACCCUCCCUCUCCCUCUCUGUUCCCUUGACUCUCCACCCUUUUUAUUUUUCCCUUGACGUUGACCCACGGUAUCUUUUCCCUUCACUUCUUCACUCCCGCGAUCCACACCCUUCCGUUUUUCUUCUACCACAACUACCGCUCAACUAAUCCAGCUUCUUUGGCCUCUCAGUUUUUCUCAUUGAUACAUUUACAGUUCCAUUUCUUUUCCUCCAACUUUUGCAUACCCCGACCGCUAAAGCACACUGGCCUGUCUUUGACAUCUAUCUGCCAUUGGACGCCUCCGAGGCCGACUUUCUUAGCCACGGCCACUGACAAAAGGUCACGACACAACAGAUUUGUUCUGAUACCCUGUUUACCGUUUGCCGACAAAUACGCCCCUCGUUCUCAUUUCCUUCGUCUUUUCCUAAAAAUUUCCCCCUCCGCUGUACAGUGACAUUGACCCCGCCCCCUCCUCCAGGCACUCAGAGGUUGCUUGCCGCUCGUUUCUCCUCCCACGUCCAGCCAAAUUUCUCUUACUCUUCCGUCUCUUUCCCAUAGUUUACCUAUUCGUCAUCAAAUGGAGUCUAAUUCACUAUGGAACCGACGGUCCAACACUGGUAAACUUUCUCUUUCGGUGUCUUCGUCUGCGCACAAUAACAGUAACAAUAAUACCACUGGCGAUGCCCCCUCCUCCAGGAUUUUCGGGCCUCCCUCUGCCAAACUCACCUCUUCUCACAAACCGUCGUAUGAAAAUCCCUUCGCCAAGCUACAUAAUAUCAAUACUGGUCAUCCGGCACUUCCGUCUCCAACCGCAAACGCAGCCAAGUCUGCGUCUGCUGCCUUCAAUCUCGGGAUCGGAGGUGCCUUUGGCUCUUUUGGACUCAAGACUCCGAAGACUCCAGGCGGAGACGGUCUGAAUGCUGCUGGUAGUAUCAGUACCGGCGCAAUUGCUACCCCUUCGUUGCCGAAGGGUUUGACUGCCUCCGAAGUUGUUGCUGGAACCAAAAAGUCCAACAGUAAUCUUGCUGCUGUUAACCAGCAGGAUUCCCAUCCAUUGAAGAAUGUUUGGGUAGUUUGGUACCGCUCUCCGGGAAACAAGUUCCAGGACUAUGAAAAGUCCACGCAGAAGAUUGCGUAUUUUGGGACCGUUGAGGAGUUCUGGUGCGUCUACUGUCACUUGCGCAGGCCGAAUGUCCUGCCACACGUGAGCGACUACCAUCUCUUUAAGAAAGGAAUUAGGCCGGUUUGGGAGGACAAGGAGAAUAGGAAGGGUGGGAAGUGGAACAUCCGUCUGAAGAAGGGUGUUAGCACUAGAUACUGGGAGGAACUUCUCUUGGCGAUUGUCGGCGAUCAAUUUGGUGACGCCGGUGAGGAUCUUUGUGGGGCUGUUUUGAGCAUUAGAGGAAAUGAGGAUGUUCUCAGUGUUUGGACUAGAGUGGACGGGUCGAGCUGCUUGAAGAUCAAGGAAACUGUCAAACGCAGGCUUAACCUUCCACAAGGAACCAGAAUCGAGUGGAAAUCCCAUGCAUCCUCCCUUGAGGCGGUCAACCAGAAGUCGCAGAGCCAGAAUCAAAAUCAGGGCCAGGCUCAACCCCAGUAAUUCUUCAAAUAAUUUUGUUUCCUGCUUUCCUUGACAUUUGCCUUUCUAUGUGAGUGGGAGGGGAUCGAGAGUUGUGUCUGGUUAAUCACUACUAGCGCCAUACUGUUAUUAUCAUUCCAACAACAUCACUACUAUGGAUUAGCUAGUGUAUUUUCACGCUAUUAUAUGACAGGGUGACAUUUUCUAUCUCUCCACCUCUUCCAUUUUUACUCCUUGCCUGAUUUGCGUCGGGUGGGUAUGGGGGCGGUCUGGGCACCUUUUUUUCUCUUCUGUAAAGUAGUUUUGAUGUUUUCCGGGUCUAUGAUUGUGCGUGCUUUUUCUUCCUUUUUAUCAAACGGGGUAUGUGGUGGGUAAGUCAUUUUCGUUUUGUUUUAUUUUUUUUCCUCCGGUAACAUCAACAUUAUCGGUAUUUCUCGCUCAAAGGAACAAGAUCUUUGAUCUGUCUUUUCUGCUCUGUUUUCCAUACAAAUUAAGAUGGAUUGGGGUUGCAUUUGUUGUUUUUCUCCUUUUUUGUUUUUACCUUGUUUGUGGUUUACUUGUCCCUUUUGUCGCAAUAGUUUGAGCAGGUGGAUGGUGGGUUCAUACUUCGUUUUCCUUGGUGGGUGUUCUAUUUUUUAUCCUUAUUUUUAUCACGGGUGUUUUUGGCUUGGGUGAGGAGGAGUGGGAGAGAACCAUGGGAUUGCGAUAGAGCGGAUUGCAAGGGUUCACAGUGGGGUUGGGUCUGAAUGCUCGUUGGUGAGAAGGGGGGGAAAGGGAGAAAGAAUGGUAAAAGAAAAGAGAGAGAGUGAUGUGAUAAAACAUUUCGCUAGGAAGGGGGGAAGAAGAAGAGGAGGAGGAGAAUUGCUAUAUCAUAGCGAUGCUGUAUUAUCGUGUUCCAUCCAUGUAUGGACUGACGAAAGACCUAAACACCGGUAGAGGUACU